GUUAGAGUAUAACUAUAAAUAUGUCAUUUUCACAUUUUUCAUUGUCUACAAAACAUUAGAAACAAUCAACUACUCUUACACUCAGUUUGCUUGCUAUGUCGACAAUUCUCGAUUCAAUCGCCAUUUCUUCUUCCCUUUUUUCCUCCACCAAUCCCCGCCCUUCGCCGCCGUUCUCCGCCGCAUGGAACCGCCGUACCCAUCUGAAACUCACCGGAUUUUCUACAUCGUAUACAAGUUUUAAUAAUAAAAUUGCACUUUCAUCUUCUUCAAGGAUUUGUAUCCGCCGUACAAAUAGCGUCUCCGGUGAAGCUUCCGAUGUCUCCUUCGACGUUCCUGUCUUGACAGAGGAAACAUGGGAUUCACUGGUUCUCAAUGCUACUGAGCCCGUGGUGGUUGAGUUUUGGGCUCCCUGGUGUGGACCAUGUCGCAUGUUCCAUCCAGUAAUCAGCGAACUUGCAAAGCAAUAUACAGGAAGGGUAAGGUGCUUCAAGUUGAAUACCGAUGACAGUCCUACUGUAGCAUCCAGAUAUGGAAUCCGAAGCAUCCCAACAAUAAUGAUCUUCGUUAACGGAGAAAAGAAAGAUGCUAUCAUUGGUGCUGUACCUAAAACCUGUCUAACUGCUAGCAUAGACAGAUUCUUGUAGAAACUGCUGAAUGGUAGGCCAAGGCUCCAUUUGGUUUGUUUGGUGUUUUUUUCUUCUUUUUGAUAGAUUAAAACUAGAGUUGGUUUUGUUGUUAUAGUAAUCCUAGUUUUUUUCCCUGUUACAAUGUGUUACACUCUCUUGAUGUUCAAUGGAUCCUGUACUAAAUUUGAGUUUUACUUGAACGAA